CAAGCGCAUGGUCACUCACUCACACACAGCCUCACAGCAACCAGAACAAUCCAGCAAACUCAUCGCACGAGCAUCAGCAGCAGCCGGGGGGGAGGAGAAGAGAGAGGCGGGCAGAGGGGCCGGCCGGCGAGAAGCGAGAUGGCGCAGGAGAGCCUGAGGCUGGUGUGCCCGCCGGUGUCGGCGCACGAGGGGCGGCUGCCGCGGCAGUACACGCUGGAGGGGCAGGGCGCGAAGAAGGACAUCUCGCCGCCGCUGGAGUGGUACGGGGUGCCCGACGGCACGCGGUCGCUGGCGGUGGUGGUGCAGGACGUGGACGCGGACGAGCGGGUGCCCUGGACGCACUGGGUGGUCGUCAACAUCUCGCCCGAGGAGAAGGGCCUGCCCGAGGGCUUCUCCGGCGCCGGGGGCAACGCCAACGCCGGCGGGGGCGACGGCGGCGUCCAGGAGGGGGUCAACGACUGGAAGCAGCCCGGGUGGCGCGGCCCCGUCCCCGACUCCCACGGCCACCGCAUCCAGUUCCGUCUCUACGCGCUCGACGACCUGCUCAGCCUCGGCAACAAGGUGACAGUGGACAAGGUCAUGGAGGCCAUCGAGGGGCACGUGCUGGGGGAGGCCGAGAUCACGGCUGUGUUCUAAGGAGCUCUGUGGAUUUUGGCACUCGGCUCUGUGUGUCUGACCUUGUUACUUCUCCUUGCCAAUCGUGUGUGGUCUGUUCUGUAGCGUGCUUGUAUACGCAUGGCAACGACCAGCCUUUGUAAUUUUGAUCCAAUAAGUGAAGUAACCUCUUAUGAG